GGAUGAUCGGCGACGACACCACUUCCUCGCCCGUCACCGCACGCAACCAAAGGACUAAGUAAAACGUAAAUUACCACUCGAUCCAACAUGGCUCUGGAACGUCAAGUCCGCGCGAAGAUCGUCGCCAAGCGUGACCCUGAACAGGAGCGCGAGGCUCAAGAGUGGAUCGAAACCAUCAUUGGUAAGAAGUUCCCCAAAAACGCUGUUUUCGAUGACGUUUUAAAAGACGGUACCAUUCUCUGCGAGCUCAUGAAUAAGAUCAAACCAGGCUCUAUCCCCAAGAUCAAUACAUCCGGUGGAGAAUUCAAAAUGAUGGAGAACAUCAACAAAUUCCAGAAAGCUCUGAAAGACUACGGUGUUCAAGACGUCGACGUCUUCCAGACCGUCGACUUGUGGGAGAAGAAGGACCUUGCACGAGUCAUCAUGACCCUCUUCGCCCUCGGUCGCGAGACCUACAGACACCCAGAGUUCAAGGGACCGAACCUAGGACCUAAACCUUCCGACGAAUGCAAGCGUGACUUCACGGAGGAGCAGCUGAAGGCCGGACAGACUGUAAUCGGACUGCAGGCAGGUUCUAAUAAGGGUGCCACACAGGCUGGUCAGAACAUCGGCGCCUCCCGCAAAAUCCUCCUCGGCAAGUAAACUCGCCAUGACAAAUUCGCCCCUUUCGCCCCCACUCCUCUCCAAUCACUCUUUUGUGUUGCCGUCACCUACCACUCCCAUCCCACCCACGUCCCUCUGCCCCUUACCGCUGCCCGCCCCUCGUCCUUUAUCCGCCGAACUCCCAAUCACCCGACUUCAUCAUCGUUGAUUAUUCGGAGGAAAGCAAGAAAAAUCACAGAGCCGCUGCUAUGUAUUGGUACAUUUAAAAUGCCGCACGUGCGCAUGUGCGACGAUGCGCUGUUUCGACGUCUAUAAUUGAUAAAAUUUUUACCAUUUAUGUAUAUACACAAUGUAAUUUAACGUUAUUUUAUCAUA